AUGCAGUAUGUCUUGAUUGUGUCUCCAGAAAACAGGUUUUUUAUUACUCACCACGGCGGGCUGUACAUCUCUGACGUGCAGAAGGAGGAUGCCCUCUCCACCUACCGCUGCAUCACCAAGCACAAGUAUAGUGGGGAGACCCGGCAGAGCAAUGGGGCCCGCCUCUCCGUAACAGACCCUGCCGAGUCAAUCCCCACCAUCCUGGAUGGCUUCCACUCCCAGGAAGUGUGGGCGGGCCACACCGUGGAGCUGCCCUGCACCGCCUCCGGCUACCCCAUCCCUGCCAUCCGCUGGCUCAAGGACGGCCGGCCCCUCCCAGCCGACAGCCGCUGGACCAAGCGCAUCACGGGGCUGACCAUCAGUGACCUGCGGACGGAGGACAGUGGCACCUACAUUUGUGAGGUCACCAACACCUUCGGCUCUGCAGAGGCCACGGGUACCCUCACAGUCAUUGACCCCCUUCACGUGACCCUGACACCAAAGAAGCUGAAGACCGGGAUCGGCAGCACAGUCAUCCUUUCCUGUGCCCUGCUGGGCUCCCCGGAAUUCACCAUCCGCUGGUAUCGCAACACUGAGCUGGUGCUGCCCGACGAGGCUGUCUCCAUCCGCGGGCUCAGCAACGAGACUCUGCUCAUCACCUCAGCCCAGAAGAGCCACUCCGGGGCCUACCAAUGCUUUGCCACCCGCAAGGCCCAGACCGCGCAGGACUUCGCCAUCAUUGUGCUGGAGGAUGGCACGCCCCGCAUCGUCUCGUCCUUCAGCGAGAAGGUGGUCAACCCUGGGGAGCAGUUCUCGCUGAUGUGUGCGGCCAAGGGCGCCCCGCCCCCCACUGUCACCUGGGCCCUGGACGACGAGCCCAUCGUGCGGGAUGGGAGCCACCGCACCAACCAGUACACCAUGUCGGACGGCACCACCAUCAGCCACAUGAACGUCACGGGCCCCCAGAUCCGCGACGGGGGCGUAUACCGAUGCACGGCGCGGAACUCGGUGGGCAGUGCUGAAUAUCAGGCGCGAAUAAACGUAAGAGGCCCCCCCAGCAUCCGGGCGAUGAGGAACAUCACCGCCGUCGCCGGGCGGGACACCCUCAUCAAUUGCAGGGUCAUCGGCUACCCCUACUACUCCAUCAAGUGGUAUAAGGACGCCCUGCUGCUGCCCGACAACCACCGGCAGGUGGUGUUCGAGAACGGGACGCUGAAGCUGACCGACGUGCAGAAGGGCAUGGAUGAGGGGGAGUACCUGUGCAGCGUCCUCAUCCAGCCCCAGCUGUCCAUCAGCCAGAGCGUCCACGUGGCUGUCAAAGUGCCCCCUCUAAUCCAGCCCUUUGAGUUCCCACCCGCCUCCAUCGGCCAACUGCUCUAUAUCCCCUGCGUGGUGUCCUCGGGGGACAUGCCCAUCCGCAUCACCUGGAGGAAGGACGGACAGGUGAUCAUCUCAGGCUCGGGCGUGACCAUCGAGAGCAAGGAAUUCAUGAGCUCCCUGCAGAUCUCCAGCGUCUCCCUCAAGCACAACGGCAAUUACACGUGCAUCGCCAGCAACGCGGCGGCCACCGUGAGCCGGGAGCGCCAGCUCAUCGUGCGUGUGCCCCCGCGAUUUGUGGUGCAGCCCAACAACCAGGACGGCAUCUACGGCAAAGCUGGCGUGCUCAACUGCUCAGUGGAUGGCUACCCCCCGCCCAAGGUCAUGUGGAAGCAUGCCAAGGGGAGCGGGAGCCCACAGCAGUACCAUCCGGUACCCCUCACCGGCCGCACCCAGAUCCUGGCCAACAGCUCGCUGCUGAUCCGCCACGUCCUGGAAGAGGACAUGGGCUACUACCUCUGCCAGGCCAGCAACGGCGUGGGCACCGACAUCAGCAAGUCCAUGUUCCUCACCGUCAAGAUCCCAGCCAUGAUCACCUCCCACCCCAACACCACCAUCGCCAUCAAGGGCCACGCGAAGGAGCUCAACUGCACAGCGCGGGGUGAGCGGCCCAUCAUCAUCCGCUGGGAGAAGGGGGACACGGUUAUCGACCCCGACCGAGUCAUGCGGUACGCCAUCACCACCAAGGACAACGGCGACGAGGUUGUCUCCACGUUGAAGCUCAAGCCAGCUGACCGUGGGGACUCUGUGUUCUUCAGCUGCCAUGCCAUCAACUCAUAUGGGGAGGACCGGGGCUUGAUCCAACUCACUGUGCAAGAGCCCCCUGACCCCCCAGAGCUGGAGAUCCGGGAGGUGAAGGCCCGGAGCAUGAACCUGCGCUGGACCCAGCGAUUCGACGGGAACAGCAUCAUCACGGGCUUCGACAUUGAAUACAAGAACAAAUCAGAUUCCUGGGACUUCAAGCAGUCCACACGCAAUAUCUCCCCCACCAUCAACCAGGCCAACAUCGUGGACUUGCACCCAGCAUCUGUGUACAGUAUCCGCAUGUACUCCUUCAACAAGAUUGGCCGCAGCGAGCCGAGCAAAGAGCUCACCAUCAGCACCGAGGAGGCUGCUCCCGAUGGGCCCCCCAUGGAUGUCACCUUGCAGCCAGUAACCUCACAGAGUAUCCAAGUGACCUGGAAGGCGCCCAAGAAGGAGCUGCAGAAUGGCGUCAUACGGGGCUACCAGAUUGGCUACAGGGAGAACAGCCCUGGCAGCAACGGACAGUAUAGCAUCGUGGAGAUGAAAGCCACCGGGGACAGUGAGGUCUACACCCUGGACAACCUCAAGAAGUUCGCCCAAUAUGGGGUGGUGGUCCAGGCCUUCAAUCGGGCUGGCACAGGGCCCUCAUCCAGCGAGAUCAAUGCCACCACCCUGGAGGACGUGCCCAGCCAGCCCCCCGAGAAUGUCCGGGCCCUGUCCAUCACCUCCGAUGUGGCUGUCAUCUCCUGGUCGGAGCCCCCACGCAGCACGCUCAAUGGAGUCCUCAAAGGCUAUCGGGUCAUCUUCUGGUCACUCUAUGUGGAUGGGGAGUGGGGCGAGAUGCAGAACAUCACCACCACGCGGGAGCGGGUGGAGCUGCGAGGUAUGGAGAAGUUCACCAACUACAGCGUGCAGGUGCUGGCCUACACCCAAGCCGGGGACGGCGUGCGCAGCAGCGUGCUCUACAUCCAGACCAAGGAGGAUGUUCCAGGUCCCCCUGCUGGCAUCAAAGCUGUCCCUUCCUCCGCCAGCAGUGUGGUCGUGUCUUGGCUCCCCCCAGCCAAGCCCAAUGGGGUGAUCCGCAAGUACACCAUCUUCUGCUCCAGCCCUGGGUCUGGCCAGCCGGCUGACCCCUGCCGUGGCAUGCCCUUCAUCCUCUGUCAUACGCUGACUGCAUCAGAUGGCAACUAG